CUGGUGUUUUUCUUUUAGCUAAACUCUUUGCUAUCCAGGGUAACAUUCGUUUAAAGUGAUACAACUAUGUUAAGGGAAGCUAAUUUGUAGGGAUAUAUACUGAAAUUGCGCGUUUGACUAAAUAGCUAACAUGACCAGGAACCCGUACGCGCCGUUCUGUCUUAAGUCGAUGGGACGUCACACCAGACUCCGCUUACCAUUUCGAAGAUUUAUGGCUACCUUGUGGAUCCCUAGGAGCACACGGCAGAUGCUACAUUUUAAAGACGCUUGUGAUCAACACUGAUGGAGAAAACAGGAGUCUGUGAGAUUGAUGUGGCAAGCAGAAGAAUUGUGGGAGGCAGUGAUUCCCCACCUGACCUGGACAGCCCAUCUCAGGAGGAGGUUACAGAGUUUGGUUUGGAGUUGUGCUGCACUGAGGAGGAGGAGAGAGGAGAAACUCCAGGCAGAGAGGACAGUCCCAGUGACCUAGGCGAGGCAGAGCUUGAUCCUGGAGGUGACAUGAAGACCACAGGGGACACAACCUUUGGGAAGGAAGUUGUUCUUUUAAUGCAAGCCCUCAACACUCUAGCCACUCCCGAGGAGAAACUAGCAGCUCUGUGCAAGAAAUAUGCAGACCUGCUGGAGGAGAGCCGCUGCAUGCAGAAGCAACUGAAAGCGCUGCAAAAGAAGCAGUCUCAAAUAGUAAAGGAGAAGAUCCACUUGCAGGGGGAGCACAGCAAGGCCAUCCUGGCUCGCAGCAAGCUGGAGAGUCUCUGUAGGGAGCUACAGAGACACAACAAAACACUAAAGGAGGAGAAUGCCCAGCGUUCCAGGGAGUAUGAAGAGCAGCGAAAGGAGGCCAUGCUGCACUUCCAGAUGACCUUGGGUGAUAUUGAGGUUCAGAUGGAACAGCACAGCUCCCACAACACCAAGCUGAGGCAGGAGAACAUGGAGCUGGCCGAGAAGCUCAAAAAGCUCAUUGAGCAGUAUGAGCUCCGAGAGGAGCACAUAGACAAGGUGUUCAAGCACAAGGAGCUGCAGCAGCAGCUGAUGGAUGCCAAGCUGCAGAGAAUCACUGAGAUGAUGAAGGAAGUGGAGGAGAAGCAGCAGCGAGAGAGAGACUUUCUGCUGAAAGAUGCCACAGAGUCCAGACGCAAGUGUGAGCUGAUGAGGGAGCAAGAAACACAGCUUAAACAGCAGCUCUCCCUGUAUAUGGACAAGUUUGAGGAGUUUCAGAGCACUCUGGCUAAAAGCAAUGAAGUCUUCACCACUUUUAGACAAGAGAUGGAGAAGAUGACCAAGAAGAUCAAGAAGCUGGAAAAGGAAACAACACAGUGGAGGACCAAAUGGGAGAGCAAUAACCAGGUCCUGCUGCAGAUGGCAGAGGAGAAAACUCUGCGUGAUGGCCACUUCAAGGCACUGCAGGGGAAACUGGAGCUGCUGGAGAGGCUGUGCAGAGCUCUGCAGAAGGAGAGGAACGACCUGAACAACCGGCUCAGCCUCUUCCAGGAGCAGGGAGACAAAGGGAGUGCAGCAAUUCCUGAGGCUCAGCCACGGGACACUUCAGCUGGGGAGGAGGAAGAGGAGGUGGAGGAGGCAGAUUCUGAGGAUUCAGCACAGGGUGAUGGGCUGGAGACACAGGGGGUCCACCAAGCUUCCAGACCAUCUGAAAUGGACCUCACUGACAAAACUACUACUGUUAUGACGACAAGCAGCCAGCCUGCAGACAGGCCAACCAUACAGCAGGCCUGAAUGAGUCUACGUAGCCUGUGUGGAGGUGAGAAGGGAAGAAUAGAAAAGCUCCACAUGGCUGCAGCCUAGUUCCACAACUAGCCAGAAAAACCAUCUUUGAUGGACGUUUCAUUUAUUUUAAUUGUCGACUUGCCUCUCCAGAUUUCUACACGGAAAAUGAACCCAUAUCUUUUGUGCGAUAGAUUCAGAACAAUAAAAUGAUAGUAUCAAGGAUUGCAUUAUAAAACUUUGCCCAUGUUUAUAUUGGUUGUAAUAAUUGGUUUUGUGGCGAGCACUUCGUACUCCCUGUUUUCUAUCAUAACUGUAUUUUCAUAGGAGACUUCCAUGCAGUCAGUUUGAAGCUGCACAAAGUAUAACUGGCCUUUUAUUUCUCUCUUCACAUGGUAUUUUCCUGCAGUGUCGCGUCUUGUUUGGAAAUUGUAGUUUGAUUAAAUUCAAAAAUGGGUACUUCAUUUGCAUUCUGUCGUAGGUGGUUAUAUAUUUAUUAUGACCCAGCUCAGCCAGGCAAAAGGGAAGCAACCUAAAAGCAGUUAGUGUUGAUAUAAGCAAGGAUCUACAUUGCCCAGCAGUUUAACUGUUUAACAAAAGAGGCAACAUGAGGCACUCACAAUGUGACCUACAAAACUGGAAGAGAAAACAAGAUGUCAUGUUAACUGAGCAGUCAGGGUUGGGCCUCAGGAACAGCAAAGGAGUGUCAAAUACUUUGUUGAUCAUUUUACAUGGUUGAUUUUUUUUUUUUUUUUUUUUCCACUGCAAACUUAAUGCACAUGUCAUUGACAAAGGUGGUUCUGAUUUGAAACUUAGGAAUGUUGUGACUGACCUACCACAUGGUAACUAGUGGGGAACAUGCAGUACUUUGCUGUGGUCAGUUGAUCACAAUGGCCCAAGAAAGUAACCAGCUUGCUAACUGCAAGAUACACCUACUGGGAAUGUCACUUUAUCUUAAAAAAUGUGUUUAAAACCCUUUAAGCUUCAGUGUACCGCCGGCGGUACACCUACUAAUUUGCAUAGGAAUUUCAAGAAUGUCCGACUGGUGCAAACGCGAUUAUACAAACACUAUACACCGAUGGAAAGCUUAGAUUCUCAUGAAUCCGCCGGUAUAAACCACUUUCAGAUGCGAUUACCACAGCGGGUGAGAAAAACACAUUUGUCCGACAAAAACAAAUAUUCAUCCAUCCGUUCUCUAUACACGGCUUCAAAGCACACAGCGCGACUCACAUUUCCGGGUUUAUUAUUACACACACAAAAAAAGAUUCCACAAAAAACGGCCAUAAUCCAACCUUUUACAUCAGAUGACACAAGCCAGUAAACUAUUUUGUCCAAAACAUGUCCUGAAGUCGGUAUAAAAUCCCCGAAUCGGUCGUUUUCAAGGAAAUGCACCUCCCGAUGCGCGUCCAAUAUUCCCCGUAUUUUUCGUAAUUUUUUUUCUUUAAAAAUAGAAUAUUAGCGAUUUUUUUGUACUGAAAACGGCUGGAAUUGACUGAAGCUUAAAGGGUUAACUUAAAAUUGGACAUGCCAAAUGCAAAAAUCAGGACAAGCCUUGUACUCCGAGGACUAAAACAGCUGUCAAUAUACUGUUGUACACUUGUGCAAGGUAUCGCUGGAAAGAUCAUAAUGACGCCAAACCAUCUGAGAAUUACUGUGUGAAAGCAUUUUGGAUUGAACACCAAACUUGGGGGUAAAAUUGAGCCUGACUGUGAAAUGCUGUUUGCGUGUCAGUGAUCACUACGAUCAGUUCAUUGAUAGCGGUAAUAUGGCAGCCAGUGUGUCUGACCAAAGUCAGCUUUAGAAUUACACAGGCGUCACAACCUGUUAGUAGAAAUAGUUGUUCAAUGGUCUGCUCAUCUAUCAUCAGUCUAGGUGCUCCUUUUGAACAUAUCUAGAAAGAGUGAAACUGAAACCUACAGUGGGUCGCUGCCACCAAUGAGCAGCCGCAUAGUGACAUUUUGAGAACAAAAUCAUGGAUUGGGUAAACUUGACAAACUUUUGAAUUGAUGUGCAGCUUUGUUCUGAACAUGUUUGGCUUUUACUUUUCUUACAGUGACUCUAAAACUUCAGAAUCUUUUGACCUGCUCAUAACUGAGGAAAAGAUUAAGUGUAUUAUGUGCCAUGUGGCAGAUAUACCACUGCGUGUGUUUCAUUAAAUCAGCAUUCAGUCAGGUGACUGAUCAUCAGCUGUCUUCUUCUGUUGUUAAGCCAUGACUUGAUUUAGAGGGUGUUUGCCUCCUGCAGCGGUUGAUGCCUGUGUCAUUUUGAAUGGAACUCUGGGCUGUUUAAUGUCAAAACUUAAUCUGUUGCUACAGGUAAGACCAAAUUGGUUAGGUCUGAAAUCUUGAGGAUUGGUGCUUAAAUUUCUGUUUGAUCAUUUAACCUUCUUUUCCACCUGUACUGCGUCCUUAAAUAUGGUUGUGAAUCAAAUACAGCAUUAUAAAAAUAUGCAAGAUUGUGACAUAAAAUUAAUAAUGCAGGUCAAGACAUCUGUUUUUUUUUUGUGGUCCACCUUUGUUGACACAGCAAAAAUGAUGUGAAGAGAUAAUAGCAGGAGCAGAUGAACCAUGAAACAUUGAUCGGCCCCACAGGUCGUAGAGAGAACCACCAGAUCAGGUGUUUUCAAGCACCUUUGUCCACUGACCGAUGAUCCCCAUGAUGUGGAUUAGAUUUGAAAAAUAACACAAUAAUGAGCUUUGUUGUCUUUCAAAUUUAUAGUUGAAUGUAAUUUGCUUUUUUAAAUAACUGUGAAUAAAAAGGUGUUGAGUUCUGUCAGUGCUGUAUAUUAACAAGAACUUUACAGGAUUACAUGAGAAAACUCAUCAGUAUGUAUAAAUUUUAUAUGAUGAAUGGAAACAAAACAGAGGGUCAAAUUCAAUUCUGGAUCUUGUUUCAUAUUAUGGGAAUGUUUUAGUUGUAAUAAUUUCUGUUUUAGUUUGUAAAAAAUAGGAUCCCCUUGCAUCUUUGCACAUUUUAUUGUCAAGUUUUUUACCACGCUGGCCCCAAUAUCUCAUAACCCAGCUAACGAUAUGCAACAUGCACAACAUGUUGGAUUUAGCACUUCAUUCAUAAAGGAUGCUCUGGAAUCCCCUGUGACUGCUGCAUCCUUACUAGAAAUCCCACUUUUGUUUUGUGUUUUUUUUUUUUUAAUCUGUGGGUGUAACUACAAGAGUGAUCCAAGAUCAGUGUCUUUUAGAAACUCAACACCUAAUUCAAGCAUUUUCUCACCAUUGAGAUACCUUUAGGUGUAGUGGUAAAAAAAAAAAAAAACAUCAGUAUAUUGUAAAGUCAGUGAGAAUCCCAACUGAGGGUACUAAUAUGUAUGUGAACAGACACCUGUUGGAAAACAGCAAAUAUGUGAUUAGAUAGGUCAGACAUUGUGAUGUUUUUUUUUCUCUGUAAUCUUUCCUGGCCUUUCUUAAUUGUUCCCCUUCGUACAAUUGUGUAUUUAAAACUACACAAAUGUGAAAAUGUACAGGAACAGGUGGUGGAUGGUUGUAGCUGAGAGAGGACUUUGCAACAUCUACUUCCUUUGGCAUUGGCCUAGAUGGAUUCUCAGGUAAUGUAAGAAUCUACCUCUGUAAUAAAGAGAAGGCCUCAUUUUUUUUUUUACUACAAAAAAGAUGAUUCCCCCCCCCCCCCAAAAAAAAAUUUGAUUGUACAAUGCUUACAAAGUCCAGUCUUGCUUUUCAAUAAAAAUUUUGAAGAAUC